AUGGGUACACUUCUUGGUCAUAUUGUACCCGGUACAUUUUUUACAAUUUUUGCUGUAUGGUGGGGUUUUUGUAUUGCAAUAAAACAUUAUCAUCUACGAAAUCGAACAAGAAAAUCUUCUAAAUCACAUAUAUAUCAUUCAACAACGACAUUUACAUGUUUAUGUUGUCCGUCAUCCGAUAAAAUUCCAAUUGAAUCUUAUGUAAAAAUAUUUUGUGCAAUUAUUGGUAUGUUAGGAGAAUUUUUUACUGGUUUUACACAUCUAUAUAAUGAUACAUUAAAACGAAAAACAUGGGGCUUUGGUGAAAAUAAUGCUCAACAUAUAACGAUGUUUCUUGGAUUUGGUUUAGCUUCAUUAUUUGAAAUAUUUGUUCAUUUAAAAUAUUCAUUACCAGAUGGUAUUGAUUUUUUAGUAAAUAUUUUAGCAUAUGGUAUACAAGGAUUUUUAUUUCAUUUUCAUCUUCAUGGACGAAAUGAAAUCGAUAUUCAUGUUCAUACAUUACUUGUUUAUGCAAUAUCAUUCUGUGUUUUGGCUGCUAUUUGGGAAUACAAUAGACCAAAUCAAAUAUUAGCAACUUAUGCGAGAAUUGCAGGAACAUUUUUACAAGGUGUUUGGUUCCAUGCAAUUGGUUUUAUACUCUAUUUUCCAUCGAAUGAUCCGUAUUGGAUAUGGUCACCUAGUCAUGGACAUAUCCUGUUGAUAACGGUUAUAUUUAUAUGGAUUUCAUUAGCUAUAUGUAUAUUUUUAUUUCUUCAAUCGACAAUCAUUUGGACUACUGAGCAUAAAGAAUAUUUUUCACAAUCUACUGAUGAAUCAAUAAUUAAACGACCGAAACAUACAUCUUAUGAUCAUAUUGGACAAAAACGUGCAUUACAUCUGAGUAAAAUAUUACGAGCAUUUCUUAUUGAUCGUAUUGGUUCCGGUGAAAUUGGUGAUAUAUUAGCUGGAAAAAAUUUUGAAUUGACAAAUAUUAUUAUACCUGUUGAUUUAAAUCGUAUUGAAAUUUUAUGGUGGUCAUCGGAACAAGAAGCACCAAUAAUUGAAGAUUUAUUAAAAUCAGCUGGUGAAGAAUUAAAAACUGCUAUUCGAUAUGCACAAUUAUUACCUAAUUUACCACCAGUUAUAUUUAAACGAGAUAAUGCACCUGCAAAACGUGAUCAUAUCAAUCAUUUACUUGAUACAGCUGAUAUGGGAUCAUCGGAGAUAGUAACACCUCCAGUAGUAACAGAGCGUACUGAUUUAUAUGAUAGUGAUCGUACAGUUAUUCUUCGUAAAUUAUCCAUUGAUGAAAAUAAAACAAUGAAUAAUGAAGAUGAAAUAGAUACAAAUCAAUUAUCUGUUGAACAAUUACAAAGACGUAUGAAAGCAUUUGCAUUAACAAAACGAAUGAAACGUGUACAAGAACAACGAAGUGCUGUAUAUGGUUUAAUGGCAAUUGAAAAAGAAAAAGAAAAUCAAGAACAUUUUGCAUUACAUGAAACUAUAGAUACUGAAUUAGAACGAAAAUAA